AUGUCCACUGUCUCGUUGUCGAGCCAUGCCGGUCGACCGCCUCCUUCGCUCGUCUCCUCGAGCGGCAUCCUGGCCACCUCCCCCACUUCCUUGCGGUCGCCAUCGACGUUCACGACCGUCACUGCAUCCGGGCACAUCCCCUUGCAACCAUCGAACUUCCCACUCCUUCACUCGCUCCUCGACUCGCCCGAGUACCGCCAAGCGAUGCGUAGCAACCCGGAACUCGCUCGUGGGUCGUCCAGACGGCAUAGCAAGGUCGUGAACCAGGAGGCGAAGCAAUCGAGGCUAUCUUCCUCCUUCAGCGGUGGCGGCGGCUCGACUUCUCGCGCGCACGCCUCGAAGUCGUUUGUAUCCGGCUCUUCCGUGGCCGGCAGUAUCCGACGACCGCGACCAUCCGCGUUUGCACACGCUGCGCCUCAGCAACGCAGCGGUGCUGGCGGAGACCGGCAGCAAGGCCGGAGAACGUUGCCGCCUCUGCCCAAUCCUCCGUCAAUUCCAGCGAAUCCGGCCGGUCCGCCAGUUUCAGCCGAUCCGCUUUCUCUUACCCCUCAUCGCUCACCAAGCACGACGGCCAUCCCCAUCUUGCCGCCAGCGUUACCGCAUCUCCCGCAGACUUACCCCUCACGCUCCUUCAGCCACAACCCCUCCAGCUCCGCGCCGCCUCCCCGCUCUUCCUUCCGCGACGCUAUCGAUAAACUCAAGCGCAUGUUGCAACGGGGCGAGCAUCGGCGACGAGAUCGAAGCGGCACCGUCACCUCGCUCGACACGCUACCUAGCGGUUCAAGCAUGCUUGACCUCGCCGAUGCAAGGUCCAGCCGCACAAGCUUGAUGAGUGAUCUGUCGCGACUAGGCGACAUGGCCUACGUCGACGUCGUGGCGGAACUCGUGCGCGUCGAGCCGGACUCGACACCGCAGGCGCCUGCAACGACAUCCGUCAAGCCUUCCCGCGGUCCCCGCGCGCUCUCCGCGCCUCUCUCGCCAAGCGAAGCGAAGUCUCGACUCGAAGCCCGCGCACCAGCACCGACCUACGCCGCCCGAACGACCGACGUCGAAGCCUGGCGCGAAUCGCGGCGGCAGUUCCUGCUCGUCCUGCAAGAAGGACCGCCUGACUCCGCCCUCUCUUCUGCGUUGUCUAACAAGUCGCGCGAGACAAGUCGAGCAAAUGCGACCCGACCGAGCAUCUUUCAGCGCCGUCGACCUUCUUUCCCUUCUUUCUCUCGACCACAGGCGAGCGUCAUGCCUUUCUCGCUCGACACACCACUUGAGCGCUCACGCACUGUCGACGACGCCGCCCCUCCUCUCGAACCCGUCGCGAGCGAGCCGAAUCGACGAUACUCGACUUACGGAAGUCGCUGGCUGGAAGGAGCAGAGUUGGUCGAGGUGUUGUCGAGGACGAGCGGGAGUGUACAGGCGCAGGAGGAGAAGCGGGUAUGGCGGAAGUGGUGCGGAUGGGUCAAGGAGCGAGUGGAGACGGAAGCAGGGAGGGCUCGGGAGGGUUAA